AUGUUGGCAUUAUUCAGAUCCGUGAUUUGUGGUGGGGAUUUCCAAAGAACAGGCUGGAUGAAGCCAAACAUUACCAGCUCAUGUCUCAGAUGUCCAUUUCUAAGGUGUUUACAUGUACAAGUUGGAGACAAAGCUGAACUUAAAAAAGCCUUUACACAAAGGGAUGUUGUUAGUUUUUCUGAGCUAACAGGGGACACUAACCCACUGCACCUGAAUGAAGACUAUGCAAAGAGGACAAGGUUUGGGAGAACAAUUGUACAUGGAGUUUUGAUCAAUGGACUUAUUUCUGCAGUUCUGGGUACUAAGAUGCCUGGUUAUGGGUGUGUGUUUCUUUCUCAGGAAAUUAACUUCCCAGCUCCUUUAUAUGUUGGAGAAGAAGUCUUAGCUGCAGCAGAAGUGAAGAGACUGAAGAGAUCUAUUGCAUACAUUUCAGUAUUAUGUACUGUCAUGGAGAGUGGAAAGACUGUUAUGGAGGGGAUGGUGAAAGUCUUGGUGUCAGACAGACAGAACUCCUCCUGACCACAUGGUGUUUUACUGUGUAGUAAAGUUCAUAAAUGUGUAGGUUACAGGUAUCAUAGUGCAAGGCUUGGCAAGAAUAAGUCUGCCAGAAGCUUCAAAGGACUCAGCAUUGAGACUUGCUGUGCCUGUAAGUGAGCCAUGUACAACAGUGCUGGGGGGAGAUGUUUUUCAGAAAAUACGUAGGCCACUGUGAUCCGUGCUCACUUAGGUUCUCUUGCCAUGGUGUGCAAUGUCGACUGUAUUCUUGCUUGCAUAGCAGCCUGGCAGACAAAAUAAACGGACUGCUGCUGCCCACCAGAACCUGUGGGGAGGGUGCAGAACGUUUGUGAAGGCAUAAGUUGAGUGAUGUUUCUUUUAACAAAUGAAUGCAUUGUUACUCCUUGCUUAGAGGCAAAUGCACUGUUUUGUUCCAAACUACCCCUAUAUUCCAUAAAAAUGGGCUGUGAAAAGGACUUCUCAAUGCUAGAGUUUAACUGCCAUUGGAUAACAGUCUGUCCUUCCUCUCCUCCACCUGCCCCCCAAACUUAGAACUUUUUGAAGUAACAUGUUGGGAUUGCUAUGUUGGUGCUCAAAAUUGCCCUCUGUUCUGUUUUGGAAAGCAGGGACUACAGAAGCACUGUGGAUAGUUCUUAAAAACUAUCCCUUCAAACUACACAAGGAAACAAAUACGCAUUCUAGAGGCUGACAGAAUUAGAAGUAGAGCAGAUCAAAGUAAGUGGGAUGGCUGCAUUAAACAUUCAGUUUAGAAUCAGAAGGGACCUCAGUGAUCAUCUCGUUCAGUCCAGCUGAGCUUCAGUAUUUCUGCUGAUGUAAAGCAGUAGCUGGAUCCUGGUACCAGUGUCUGGCCAUCUUGCAGUUUUUCAUGUAUUUAUCUUCUCCUCAGCCCUGAAAGUGCACUUACCCCAUUUUACUGAUGGGGGACAGGGGAUUUUAAAGGGAUUACUGCACCUAAAGGUGCAGAUAGAGCCCAGAACACUUGCUAGCAGUUUAGGCAUGUAAAUACUUCUAAAAGUACAGCACUAAGGGACUUGUUCAAGGUCACAAGAGAACUCUGUAUAGCGGUGAGGAAAUGAACAUGGCUCUUGCAAAUUCUAGGCUAGCACUGUGUACUCAGACUGCUCAGAAUAGUACAAACCACAGCUGUAGGCACUGAACCACCAAAACAACCUAGAUGACAGUUGUGGAUCUAAUGGCAGAAUUGGUCUGGUUGAGCAAUGGUCCAAAGGUUCAUCUCCCUUGAAGCUCUUAUGCAGUUAUGACAUCUCUAGGUACCCUGUGCUCAGAGCAGUGCACCACAAACAACAGAAUUGGGCCCAGCAAAAAGGGAAAACAACAAAGCAGACCUGAAUGGAACAUUGUGCCUUAGAGGUGGAUGGGCUUUGCACUUAUUCUGGAUAUUGGCCAACCAGAUACUUGUUAGAGCAAGGAGGCAGCAAUUUCCAGAACUAACUGCUCAGAUUAAAGAAGAAAAAUAGCAGGGUGCUGGGUCUUCAGAAGGAAGGCUUUCACUGGGCACACAGCUAGAGCAGGGGUAGCCAACUUGCUAGUGCCACAAGUGACUCAGGGCAGUCCUGUGUGGCAUACUGCAGAGGACACAGGCAGCACAGUAGCAGAAAGCAGAGCAGCAGCUUGGGUAAGGAAAAAGGAUUGAAGUAGCACAUGGGGAAAGGUGUGGGGCUAACUUGGCACACCUGGCAAAAAGGUUGGCCCCUACUGAGCUUGAGAUGUUCUUGGCUGUGGAGCUUUCUGUUGAAUUAACAAAACAAGGAAAUUGUAUCUAAAGCUCUUUUGAUGAUUCUCUGAGGACAGUUCAGUCUGUUUAAACAGCUAUAUAACACUUUCAUUUUCUUGCUUUGUAGCAACUUUCAUCUCUAGUGUUCUGUUAGAAAAACAGACUAAAUCUUACUAAGAACUGGGCUCAGCAGGCACAUCUUCCCGUGCGCUCCACUAAAGCAAUCAUUUGUCUUCCAUGUUGUUUUGCUUCAGGCCCUUUUACAGUCCCUUCAGCUUGGCAAUAUAAAUACAUCUGGAGAAGGCUUGAAACAAAUCUGAUAGCUAAUAACCUUGACACUGAAGUUGUGGCUUCUAGUCUAGCUACUGAGACAUCAUAAUACCCAUUUCCUCCAACUCCUUUCAAAGUGGAGGUUGCGCUCUCAGAGCUUAUGUAAAUUGUAUGGACACCUGAAAACAAUUGCUUACCACUUCUCUUCUGUGGAGAACAACUUGACAAUUAAGCUUCCAAUAUUAAUGACUUUAACAUACAAAGAAGUGAGUCAUUAAAAGGUAGAAAACAUCUGGGGUCAUAACAGAAUGGAUGCUCAGUAAAAAUGUUCCCAAAGUUCUUGGUAUGCACAGCUUCAUUUAGGAACAGAAUGAGUAAGGUCUGAGAAUCCAUUGCAGCCUAAAUAUGCAGAAUACUGGGCUCCUGGCAAGAUGCAAGAAAUCUUGCCAGGACAUCAAGGGCUUUAAAAGCAGAAGACCCAGAUUUGCUACAGUCUAGACGGAGGCAUACAAGAACUUCUGACGAGAACAGAGAAAUCACUGCUCUAAUUGCUUCACAACCUGACAGUAGAGAUGCGGGAGAGAACUUGCAGACCUGGUGCACAAAGGAUUUUGAUAUCCUCAGAUGUCAGCCAGGCAGCACCAUUGAAAUGAAGACUGAUGUUUCACAAGCCCACAUUCUGCAGAAGUGAAAAUCCUUAUGGGAGGGAGGCCCACAUUAUACCAAGAGCAUUCUUCUGGGAAAUAAGCUCCAAGGAAAAACUUAGAUGCCUCCGAUGGUUAAGUUAGCUCAAAUAUUUUGUGUUUACAGAAGAGCGGCACAAAACUGUGUUAAAAUGUUGCCUGUUUGUUAUAAAGACCUAUAAUUGCUCAAUGUUCAAAUGCUCUAAUUGGUUUAUUGCACUGUGAGGAAUGGAUAAUAAUACUUAACUAUAUGCCCAUGUGGUGGAUAGCUGGUGAUACCUUAGUGUUCUUAUUUUAGCAAUAAAAUGAUGAAUCAGAA